AUGGCUGCUGUUAAAACGAUUGAAGAAAAUAAUAAAAACCAUGCAGAUGGUGAAGAAGAAGAUGAAGAUGCAAAUGAUAUAGAGGAAAUUGAAACUAAAGAUCCCUCUAAGAAAAAGAAAAAGAAAAAAAAGAAGAAGAAGACAGCGGGAAAUGAACCAUCUACGGAAAGUGAAUCAGUUACGCGUGACAAAGUUGAACGAGAUUCUAUGGAAGAAGUUACAGAAAGCGAGGAGAAAAAAAAGAAGAAGAAAAACAAAAAUAAAAUGGGCAAAGCUGCUGGAAAAUCUCAGACUAAUCCUCCUACUAUUCCAGUGGCGGAAUUAUUCCCAGACGGUAACUUCCCUGAAGGACAAAUCAUGGAACAUGGCUGGGCUGAAGGUAUUGAUGAAAGAACAGCCAAGGACCGCUUCACAAGUGAAGAAAAACGUGCUAUAGAUAGGCUUCAUCAGGACAUCUAUCAAGAAAUAAGACAAGCUGCUGAAGCCCAUCGCCAGACAAGAAAAUAUAUACGAGAAUGGGUUAAGCCUGGUAUGACAAUGAUAGAAAUUUGUGAGGAAUUAGAAGCAACAGCUAGACGUCUCAUUGGUGAAGAUGGACUUAAGGCAGGGUUGGCAUUUCCUACUGGAUGUAGCCGCAAUCAUUGUGCUGCACAUUACACACCAAAUACAGGUGAUAACACUGUAUUGGAGUAUAAUGAUGUUGUCAAGAUCGACUUUGGCACUCACAUUAACGGACGCAUUAUCGAUUGUGCAUUUACUUUACAUUUCAAUCCCCGCUACGACCCAUUGGUUAAAGGUGUUCAAGAAGCUACUGAAGCCGGGAUUAAAGCUUCUGGCGUCGAUGUAAGGCUGUGUGAUGUUGGUGCUGCUGUUCAAGAGGUCAUGGAAUCACAUGAAGUUGAAUUGGAUGGUCAAGUUUAUCAAGUGAAACCAAUUCGCAACCUUAAUGGUCACUCCAUUGGGCCCUACAGAAUUCAUGCAGGCAAAACGGUGCCAAUUGUGAAAGGCGGUGAAACAACACGAAUGGAAGAAAAUGAAUUCUAUGCCAUCGAAACUUUUGGUUCUACAGGACGUGGACAAGUUCAUGAUGAUAUGGAUUGCUCCCACUACAUGAAGAAUUUUGAUCAGCAAUUUGUACCGUUGAGGCUGCAAUCAUCUAAGGUACUUUUGAAUUUGAUCAACAAGAACUUCGGCACUCUUGCUUUCUGCAAACGAUGGUUGGAACGUGCAGGUGCAACACGCUACGCAAUGGCUCUUAAGGACUUGUGUGACAAAGGUGUGGUAGAUGCUUACCCUCCUCUAUGUGACAUAAAGGGAUGCUAUACGGCUCAAUUUGAACACACUAUACUGCUGAGACCAACAUGCAAGGAGGUUGUAUCACGUGGUGAUGACUAUUAA